AGACACUUAAUAUUCAUUAACAUUUGUACUUUUGUUUCGUACGAGGAUCUGGGAAUUUGAAGCACAAAUCCAAAUCACGUAAAUUAAUAUCAUUUCAAGAACAAGUUGGAAUUGUUGACUAUUUUGACAUGUUUUCGAAAUGUCUUGUAAUAUACCAAAGCAAGUUGCCGUAUUCCAGUCGCAAAUUACAUCACCAAAAUAAGUCUAAGGCUCAAAUGGCUCAAAUCAAAAGCAACAUGAUGCAGCAGCGUAGAGAGCCGAAUCCAGAAUAUCAUCAUGCACCUAGCAGUUUUGUGCAGAACUUUAUAAAUCACCAUCAGCAAGGCAAAACCAAGGAUGCUCAACUGCACCAUUGGAAUGCGCGCUAUCGGUGGGCAGAUUUUCGCAGACGUAUGAUCUACGGUACGCAUGAUAUAUAAAGGAUAUUUCAUGAACCUUCACAAACUAUGUGAAGCUUAAGAAUGUUUCGAAAAAGGCAAUCUUUUGAAGGAGUAUCAAGAACAUUUUGGAUUUUUCCCCUUAUGCCCCAGUAUGCAAAAAUUUUGUUGUGUUACCAUCAUUAACAAUCAGAGAUAACAAAAACCAAGAUUUAGCAUAAAUACAUUGGAUAAAAACAACAUUCAAUUGAUUACAGAAGAAAUAA